AUGGAGACAGAGCCAGAGAUCCCCGAGUUGACCUGGUCCGCGCAGCUCACCGUCGCACACCCGUCGCGGUCCGCGCAGCUGCCCGGCGACAAGAUGCUACUACCGCCUUCCGCCCUCGAACAACUGCUCGCCGCAGCCCCUCUCAUAACUACCGACUCGAAUCUACCACACAUGACCGCCUUCGAUCCCUACAACCCAUACACGUUCGCCGCCGAACGACAGGCACGGUCACAGUUCCAGGACCGCCACCAACGACUACCACACCCGCUUACGUUUCGCCUCGUGAACCCGAGCAAUCGAAGGGUAGUGUAUGCGGGCAUCCGAGAAUUCUCGGCAGAAGAAAGUGAAAUAGUGCUCAGUGGGUUUUUACGGGAGGCUCUGGGCUUGGACGCAGAUUCCACCGAGUCGUCGAGAAAGGCCAGCCCAGAUGGUGAUGCGGAAAUGGUCAACGGUGUAGAACAACUCGGUGUCAACGGCGCACCCUCGGACUCGGUACAGAUAACCGUCCACGCAAAACAACUACCCAAGGGCACAUUCGUGAAGCUGAGACCGCUCGAGGCAGGAUACGACCCUGAGGAUUGGAAGUCGCUGCUUGAGGAGCACUUGCGAUCGAAUUUCACCACCCUCACGAACGGGGAGGUGCUUAUCGCAUAUGGUGGACGAGCUUCGAAUGGCAAGCGGGAAGAAUUCCGAUUUCUCGUCGAUGGUUUUAAGCCGGAAGGAGACGGCAUAUGUGUGGUGGACACAGACCUGGAGGUCGACAUUGAAGCGCUUAAUGAAGAGCAGGCACGCGAGACGCUGAAGAAAAUCAUGGCCAAGAGACAGAAAGCACCAGGUACCGCAGAAGGUAGUUCAGCUGGCGGCGAGAUCGACAUCUUCAAGGCACAGGAGGGCCAAAUACUAGAUGGCGGAUAUGUGGAUUACGUGCUCUCGUCUUGGGACCGCACUCAGGGCCUCGACAUAUCACUGAGUGGGGUUGAUGAAGAGGAUGAGAUAGACCUCUUUGUGAGCCCUUACUCUUCUCGGCAACGAGUACGACCUCGAGAAGACGAACACGUAUUCGCCGAUUACUCAAGUAAAUAUCCGAAACGUAUCUGUUUGCAGCCAACAAACGUAGAGCUCGAAGAUGCAGAAGCGAUAUACGUAUCGGUCCGCGCCUUCCCUUCAAACGAAUCCACAGCUACACCAAAGCAGUACCAGCUCAAAGUGUCCAUCUACGAUGCUCAAUCAGGCCUCGUGUCGGAAAACACGAGCGCUGCUGAGCACCGUCCAGACGAAGUGCAAUGUACGAACUGCCACCAAUGGGUUCCCAAAUCCUCGCUUUUCCUCCACGAGAAUUUCUGCCUUCGUAACAACAUCUUAUGUCCACAAGGCUGUGGUCAGGUCUUUCAGAAGCGCUCUGAAACACUCAAGGACCAUUGGCACUGCCCGCACGAUACCUUCACGGGUGACACAUCCAUCUCCCGCAGCAAGCAUGAGGCACUCUACCACACAUCACAAGUGUGUCCAUCUUGCAACAUGGAUUUCCCUUCCAUACCAACCCUUGCCUCACAUAGGGUGACAGAAUGUCCAGGGAAGCUGAUCCUGUGUCGCUUCUGCCACCUGCAAGUCCCGCAAGAAGGUGAUCCGACAGGACCUCCCAACCCCGAAUUGCUCCUCUCAGGCCUCACACCCCAUGAGCUUGCAGACGGAGGUCGAACAACAGAGUGUCACCUUUGUAGCAGAAUCGUCCGCUUCAGGGACAUGGACACGCACCUUAAGCACCACGACCUCGAGCGCCUGUCUCGCUAUACGCCCCGACUUUGCCGCAACAUAAAUUGCGGCCGGACACAAGAUGGUGCGAGUAAACUUGGCGAUACACGGGCAGGCACUCGAAAAGGCCAAGGUCCAGGCAAUGAGAUCGGCCUGUGCAGUGUAUGUUUCGGUCCCCUAUAUGUAUCACUGCAUGAUCCUGAGGGUAAAGCGCUCCGCCGUCGCAUCGAGCGCCGGUACUUGUCGCAGCUUCUUACAGGCUGUGGUAAGGCAUGGUGCAAGAACAAGUUUUGCCGUACAGGGCGCAAGAACGCUUCUGGUAUUGACAAGGCGGUCCCGACAAAGGAUGCUAUUCCGCUGGUGAAGCCGUUCCUGGAGGGCAUGGAUGGGCACGGUCACGAGACGCCGCUGCACUUCUGUACGGAUGAGGCUAGCCAGCGGAGGCGAGCGUUGUCAGAGAUGCUCAGCGCAGAGAAGGGACUUGAAGGCAAGGGCGGAUAUAGCAUGGAGUGGUGCGUUGCUGCGUUGGAAGCAGAGGGCGGCGACCUAGAUAAAGCGAGAGGAUGGCUGAAAGGGUGGGCGCCGCAGAGGACCGAGGAGGCGUCGUGA